ACCUCCAGUCUUUAUACGUGUUAAGAGGCAAAUAAAUAUGAAACUGUUUGUGGCUCUACUGGCACUCGUUGCCUGCGCAAAUGCUGCUGCUGUGGGCGAGCCAAUUAGUGAGAGGUCCAUCUCCAGCACAGUUGUGGAUGUGAUUGAGGGUGUGAAGGAGCAGAUGCCUUGUGGUUUCCCAGGUGCCGGCAUUCCACCAAUUGCACCACUCAGAAUCAAUCACAAGAAUAUCGACAUCGACACGGAUGCCGUGAAGAUGAAGGGCAGUGUGGAUCAUUUCCGUCUAAAUGGUCUCAACGAAUUCGAUAUUGAUGAGAUGAAGGUGAAUGCGAUCACCAGCAAGGUCACCUACAAGUUCAACUUCCGUGAUGUCAAUGUGGAUACCACCUAUGACAUGGAGAUGCAGUUGAAGAAAUACGGCUUCACCAUCAAAAUGAUUGGUGCCGGUCACGCCAAGUUUGCCAUCAAGGAUAUGGUCAUUUGGGGCACCAUGAAAUACUCCCUGGGCAUGCUCUCCGGCAAACUGAGCCUCAAGUCUCUGGAGGUGCGCACCCAUUUGGGUGAGGUUGACUCCGAGAUCGAGGGUCUACUCGGCGACGGCACUGUGAACGUGAAGAUGAACGAAUAUCUUGCCGAGGCCGUCGAGAUGGUCAUCAAUGAGAACGAGGAUCUAAUUGCCGAAACCAUCGAGCAGGUUGCCCUGCCCGUGGUCAACAACGUUUUGGAUGAUGUCAACAUCACCGAUGUCAUCGCCGGUGGUGAGGGUGGUGAGAAGGAGGUCUGCAUUCCCCCAGAGUUAGACUGGUAAACAAUGUGAACGCUUCAUAUUUGAUUAAAAGUUUCUUUACAAAAAAAA